AUGCCUGUAGACCAUAAGGCCUGUCUAGGUACGUACCGCUAUUUACCACGUAUACCACAACUCAAUUUCAUUAUACACAUUUAUAUAUAUGAAUUUCUUUAUUCAUUCCCAAUAUCCUUUAUGCAACACCCUCCCUUCAGUCUCGCAUCCCCAAUUGCUGGCCUCAAUUUCCCCAACCCCGAAGAGCGAUGGCUGCGCCGAGCGCAACUAGCACCCCAACGAGACCAAACCACACAAAGAAAAACCCCGAUUACAUCCUCGCACUUCUCUACAUCCUCAUGUACCUUGAGCUCUCCUGGCUAAUCGUGAUGAUCUGGCGUAGUUGUGAUUGACGGCUGGGGAAUUCCCGUCGAAUCUUCCCCCAAGAAUGGCGAUGCGAUUGCGGCUGCCGAGACGCCUGUGAUGGAUGCGUUCCAGAAAGAUAAGGAUGGAUUUACCGAGCUGGAGGCUUCUUCGCUUGCUGUGGGUUUACCUGAGGGACUUAUGGGAAAUUCGGAAGUCGGACAUUUGAAUAUUGGGGCUGGACGUGUUGUUUGGCAGGAUGUUGUCCGGAUUGAUCAGACGAUCAAGAAGAAUGAGCUGAACAAGAAUGAGGUCCUCAUGAAGGUUUUCAAUGAUGCUAAGUCUGGAAAUGGACGUUUGCAGUUGUGUGGAUUGGUUUCGGACGGUGGUGUUGUAAGUUUGAGGAAUUGAGAGAUAGGGAAGAUGGAACUAAUGAUAAUUAUAGCACGCAAAGCAAGACCAUUUGUAUGCUCUUCUUAAGCUCGCUAAGGAAGUUGGUGUUCCUCACGUAUACAUCCACUGCUUUGGAGAUGGACGUGACACAGACCCAAAAUCCGGUGCAGGCUAUAUCCAAGGUCUUUUGGACAAAAUCAAGGAGAUUGGUGUUGGAGAGAUUGCGUCUCUUACCGGUAGAUACUAUGCUAUGGACCGCGAUAAGCGUUGGGAGCGAGUUGAGGUUGGCUUGAACGCUCUUUGCAUAGGCGAUGGUGAGGAGAGCAGUGAUGUUGUCAAGACUAUCAAGGAGAGAUAUGAGAAGGGUGAGAACGAUGAGUUCUUGAAGCCGAUUAUUGUUGGUGGUAAGGAGGCUCGUAUCAAGGGUAUGUCUAAUCUUCUCAUAAUAUCCUUGAAUUCAAGCUAAUCCAGUUAUUAUUUAGACAACGACCAAGUUUUCUUCUUCAACUACAGAUCUGAUCGUGUACGAGAAAUUACUCAACUUCUCGGUGAUGCGGACCGCUCCCCAUUGGAGGACUUUGCGUACCCAAAGAACAUCACUCUUACUACCAUGACUCAAUACAAGCUCGACUACCCAUUCCCAAUUGCAUUCAAACCUCAACACAUGGGUAACGUUCUCGCAGAAACUCUUGGUUCCCAAGGUAUCAAGCAAGUCCACGUUGCUGAAACCGAGAAAUACGCCCACGUCACUUUCUUCUUCAACGGUGGCGUGGAGAAGGCUUUCCCUCUCGAGACCAGAGAUGAAUCUCAAGAUCUCGUCCCUUCAAACAAGAGCGUUGCAACCUACGAUCUAGCGCCAGAAAUGAGCGCCGCAGGAGUGGCCAAACAGGUUUCCAAGCGUAUCCAGGACGGUGAAUUCGAGUUUGUCAUGAAUAACUUUGCUCCUCCUGAUAUGGUUGGUCACACCGGUGUUUACGAAGCUGCUAUCGUUGGUGUUGCUGCAACCGACAAGGGAAUCGGUGAGAUCUACGAGACUUGCAAGAAAGAGGGAUAUCUCCUUUUCAUCACCUCUGAUCACGGGUAUGUUUCCAUCCCCCAUUUCCACAUUCUUACCAUAUUAACACAUCAUUUUUACAGAAACGCCGAGGAAAUGAAGUUCGCAGACGGCAAACCAAAGACCUCGCACACCACCAACAAAGUCCCAUUCAUCAUGGCCAACGCUCCUAAAGGCUGGUCCCUCAAGCAGUCUGAGGGUGUCUUGGGAGAUGUAGCGCCAACGAUUCUCGAGGCUAUGGGCCUCAAACAGCCCGAGGAGAUGACAGGGAAGAGUCUUUUGGUGAAAAGUUAGAUUUGCCCUUGCUCGUCCUUGCUCGUCCUUGUGUUGCAGUGGAUUUUGCUUUGCCUUGCUUGCUUGCUUGUGUGCUUUGAUACUUAGUACCUACACCCCUCGUCUUCCAAGUCUCUUUAAGGGAUUGCUUUACUGAUCGUGGUGCUGGGUGUAGGCAAGAAAAGAGAGCGUGAGGAGUAGGUGAUGGGUGCUAGUUGGUUUUGGGAUUGGUUGAUGAAUGAUAUGUGGCAUGGUGAUGGAGUUUGAGCGGUAGAGGUUGGCAUGGCUUGGUAUGGCUUGGUUGGGUGGAUGGGUGGGGUUGAGGAGUAGAUUACGAGGAAUGAGAUAUGAGGGUAGAGGGAACAGAAAAUUGGUGUCUCUUUUUUCAUUUUUUCAUACGUUCUUAGUCUAGAUUGCGUAUGCAUGGUCUUGAGACUUGAGGAAGUUACAUACAUAGACUGCUACUCAUCGACAGUAUACUGAAUAGAUCGUAUACAUACAUACAUGCACGAGGAAGAGGAAUGAGGAAUUUCUUUUCUUG